GACAGGAAGAGGGCCAGGGGGAACGCCAGAACCCGGGACCACAGUACGGAAACGGCCCGGGGCUGAGCUGCACUUAGAUCCUGGGAUGGAGGGAGCCGGAGAAGAGGAGUGAGGAGGCCGGCAGGCAGGCCCCGCUGCCCUGCUGGAGGCCGGCGGCCUGUUGUGGCAGUGGAGGAGCCGGCAGUCCAGAAAGGGAAGGGGUCAGGAGGUCGGGCCCGGGCCUCAGCAGGCUCAGACGAGGCCCACGAAAGCAGCCCCAGGCGCCCUGGGGUUCAGGGCCGUGGCCUCGCCCGGUUGUCCAAAGAGGGUCAAGGCUAGGCCUCUAGUGGGGAAACCGAGUCAGACCCAGGCAUCAGGGCACGGCCCAGGCGCGCGUGUGAGCCAAGCUAAGGGCAGGAGACAGAGACGUUUGAGGGUCUCCGAGACUGAGGGGGGUAGGGGGCUUCAGAUCCUCCCAGUCCAGAGCUGGAUUGGCGAGUGAGACGCUUGUAGAUCCGAGGUUGGAUUGGGGAGGGGUCUCUGGGAGGUUGGCCAACUAGGCAAGGAUUGGGGGUAUUUAAGUGCUUAGAGAUCGAAGGCAGGCCUGAGGAGGGGGGCUCAGGCAAUUGAAAAGCCUGGGUGGCUAUUUGGGGAGGGGUCUUCGUGCUCAGAGGAAGCUCAGCGCUGCUCCUGUCUGGCUCGGGGUCUGAGGCCUUCUCAAGAGAAGCUGCUGCGAAGGGCGGGCCGACUAGGCCAGGCAAGAGCAAGACAGUGAACGAAUCUGGACUAUAAGUGGGCGGGGGGCCCCUGAACGGGGGUUCACAAAGGGUGAGCCAUGGCCACCAGGCGUUUAACCGACGCUUUCUUGUUGUUGCGGAAUAAUUCCAUCCAAAACCGGCAGCUGUUAGCCGAGCAAGUGAGUAGUCACAUCACCUCCAGCCCUCUGCAUUCACGUAGCAAUGCUGCGGAGCUGGAUGAGCUCGCCGACGACCGCAUGGCCCUGGUGUCGGGCCUUAGCUUAGACCCGGAAGCAGCGAUCGGCGUCACGAAACGGUCACCUCCCAAAUGGGUGGACGGAGUGGACGAAAUCCAGUACGACGUCAGCCGCAUCAGACAGAAGAUGAAGGAGCUGGCCAGCCUGCACGACCAGCACCUGAACAGACCCACCCUGGACGACAGCAGCGCGCAGGAGCACGCCAUCGAGAUCGCCACCCAGGAGGUCACACAGCUCUUCCACAGGUGCCAGCGCGCAGUGCAGGCUCUGCCCAGCCGGGCACGCCGGACCUGCUCGGAGCAGGAGGAGCGGCUGCUGCGCAACGUGGUGGCCUCGCUGGCGCAGGUGCUGCAGGAGCUCUCCAGCGGCUUCCGGCACGCGCAGGCCGGCUACCUGAAACGCAUGAAGAACCGAGAGGAGAGGUCCCAGCAUUUCUUCGACACGUCAGUGCCGCUCAUGGACGAUGGCGAGGACCACACUCUCUAUGACCGGGGUUUCACGGACGAGCAGCUGGUGCUGGUGGAGCAGAACACGCUGAUGGUGGAGGAGCGGGAGCGGGAGAUCCGCCAGAUCGUGCAGUCCAUCUCUGACCUGAACGAGAUAUUCCGGGACCUGGGAGCGAUGAUCGUGGAGCAGGGCACAGUCCUCGACAGAAUCGAUUAUAACGUCGAGCAGGCGUGUGUCAGAACUGAGGACGGCCUGAAGGAGCUCCACAAGGCAGAGCAGUAUCAAAAGAAGAAUCGGAAGAUGCUUGUGAUUUUAAUACUAUUUGUCCUCAUUAUCGUCCUCAUUGUCGUCCUCGUCGGCGUGAAGUCUCGCUGAGCCGCCGGGUCCGUGUGUCACGCGGAUCGGGCGCUCGGGCCGAGCUGGGCAGCGCCGCUGCCCGCGGAGGGGUGCCGCCGGGCCGUCACGUGGACUCCUGGACGGCGCUCCAGCGCGGGGGCGGCCUCCGGCUUCCUGCGCUGGCGGCGAUGGGAGGACCUUGGCGCUGCGGCCGGCCGCAGAGGGAGCCCUGUCGCCCGCCGCCGAGAAGAGGAGCGGGACGUGGGCGGCGCCACCCCGCCGCUGUGCGGUAUCGUUGCGUGUGCUGUCUGUCCGAGCAGACGUGUCCGAGCGGCGUGCUGAAGUUCUCUUUGGGGGAAAGGAAUGUUUGAAAACCAUGUGGUUUUUAAGGAUUUGGCACCAGAAGUUUACGGGUAGAGGCAAAAUGCCUCUUCGCCUUUCUCCGCUUGUUUCCCCGCUGAAAACAAACGGAGAAGUCCUCUAAGAAUUUACAGCCCGUUCCCCGCUACCUUAGUUUCGCCUUUCCAUCACUGUUAACGAUCAGAGUAACAAAGUGUGAAAAAUGAGAAGCCAUCAUGGAUG